UACGUCUUCUGAGUUAGAGCUUAGAGACAGAGGGCAUGGCCCUUGAGCAGACAGACACUGACACACCAGCCCCGGCUACUACUUCAGGCCCAGCAGCGGCUCCUACUACUUCAGCAGGUCCUUCCUCAUCCACAGCUAGACCACCACUUAUCACUCGUAUCAGUUUUACACAGCUUGCGCACUUAGUGAAUCGCACAGACGACCAACUGAACAGCCUACUGGGUGAAAUCCCGACAUUUGUAAAUUUAAAAAUAGCUGAAGCCCUCGAUCCUAUUCGCACUAGUGUCCAUGACCGACUCAAGCAACUAACGGAGAGAGUUGAUAGCCUAGAAGAAAGGGUUGGUGGUGAAGAUUUGACUACGGUGAAAGCAGAUUUAGCUCAGCUGAAGGUCGCCGUACAAGAACUGAAAUCUAAAAAAUCAGAUACCUCUUUGAUACCAGGGGAAAAAAGUAUGAAUAGAUAUGCUAGAAGGAAGGUAACUACUGAUGGAAGUCAGUCUGUCAUUGGUGACUUACCAACUGAGAUAAUACAUAGAAUACUGGAGCUCAUGCCCAUCCAAUAUGCUGCUAGAACUAGUACCUUAUCAAAGAAGUGGAGACGGAUAUGGUCCAACCAGCCUCACCUUGUGUUUGAUUGCCACUUUUUUCAGUUUGUGUCUGAAAAUGGCUCGUCUGCUACAAGCAUAAUCCAUAGAAUUCUCAUGCAACACACUGGACCUAUUCGGGGUUUCCAUCUCAUCUCAAGAGGGUCACAUACUGGCACAGUCAGAUAUAGAUCCAUGCCUCAUCUUUGUCUCGAAGCAUGGUAUCGAGAAACUGACUCUAGAUUUGGCCAACGAUGAAAAAUAUGCAUUGCCUUGUAGCAUUUUUACUUGUUCUACAUUGACGGAUUUGAAGCUUUCGACGUGUUUCCUAAAGCCCCCUAGACAUACCACGUUCCCCAAUCUUGUUAGCCUUCAGUUAGAACUUACUGAAUUUGCCUGUGGACUACUUGGAGACACUCUUAUUCUUCCAAGGCUUGAGACUUUGGAGUUUCGCUUUUGCUCUCAAGUUUAUCUUGGUAUUAUGGCUUCUCCAAAACUUAAGAACUUCUCUAUAUUUAGCAGCCAUACAAUAACAUUUCACUGUUUUAAUGUGAACCCAAUGUUUAAAAGCAUUACGCACCUCUGCUUGGAUGGGACAUCUCUGACGACCUUAGGGUGGGUUUUUGUGCCAAAGAGGCUUGUUGAACCAUUUAACCUGCAAAGCCUGAAAAUAUUUGACUUGAGGAUUUCUUUAGAGCCUAUUUCUUGUGCACUUUGCCUUCUACAGAGUUCUCCUAACCUUUAUGAGCUUGACAUCGAUGAAGCUGUGAAGGUUGAUGAGACAUUUACUCAGAGUCAAACAACAGAACUGUCCUCUUACGUGUCGAAUGAACAAAAUCAUGUGGAUGAAGCUCUGAGGGGGAUUCGAACAGUGAGGUUAGGGAGAUUCAAGGGGAUAAGAAGUGAAAUGUACCUGAUAAAAGUCGUCCUUGCUCGUUCUCCAAAACUGGAGAGGAAGAUCAUUGAACAGUGCAAGGAAUGUAAUUCUAGUGAAUGCAAUGAACAUUUGAAGGAACUUGUCAGCUAUCCUCGAGGGUCACCAAAAGCAGUAAUUAAGUAUUUAUAACUUGCUUCCCUUAAAUCAGGUGUUCUGUUUUUUUCUUUUUUUCUUUUGAUCCAAUCGAGUCACUUGAUUUCCGUGUACUUAGUGUUUGAACUCUCUAUUUCUCACUCUCGGAUAUUUGUUGUUAUGUAUUCACUAAGUAAUUUGAAAAACUGGUUUGUUUUCUU